GAUUAAUAUCAGAAUGGGACUGUUUAGUAUUAUGUUCUCUACUGCAACUUUUGCAGUUGGCUGUGUGUUUGGUACCCUUGUUAUGAUAAGGACAUUUUGGUUUGUUGUCCGAAAUCCAAAAAGGGCGUUUUAUGUCAAGGAAAGGAUGGACCCACCAAAAUGUUUACUUGACCCAAGUUUAGGAACCCACCACUUCAUUCACUUGGAGAAUGUUCGACUACACUAUGUAGCUAAUGGUGAGGAAGGUAAACCAUUAAUGUUAUUUGUUCAUGGUUUCCCUGAAUUCUGGUAUUCAUGGAGAUAUCAACUUACGGAAUUUUCCAGAGAUUACAGGGUUGUAGCUAUAGAUCAGAGAGGUUACAAUGAAUCAGAUAAACCGGCUGGGAUCAUGAAUUAUAAAGUUUCUGACAUGGUUACAGAUUUAAAACAGAUUAUUCCAGCUUUAGGAUAUAAAUCAUGUAUUCUAGUUGGACAUGAUUGGGGAGGAGCAGUUUGUUGGGCUUUUGCUAGUAAAUAUCCUGACCUCAUAGAUAAAUUAGUGGUAAUGAAUUGUCCUGAUAUGGGGUCUUUUCUACCCUAUGCUCUUGCAAAUCCUUCACAGCUUCUCAAAUCUUGGUAUAUUUAUUUAUUUCAGUUGCCAUGGAUACCAGAAUUUAACUUUUGGUUAAAUGAUUAUAAGAAUAUUGAGAUAAUAUUCAGUGGUAAAGGAUCAGGUGUUAUGUGUGGAACUAUUAGUAAAGAUGAUAUAGAAGCUUAUAAAUAUGCCUUCAGUCGACCAGGUGCAUCUACAGCAGCCAUAAACUAUUAUAGAGCUGCUACUCGGACAUUUUCUAGACAAGAUGCUACACAAAUCAACAUUCCAACUAAAAUCAUAUGGGGAUGUAAAGAUGCAGCAUUAGAAAAAGGGUUAGCUGAAAUUUGUAAGAAAUUUGUCACCAAUCUAAGUAUUGAUUAUUUAGAAGAGUCAUCACAUUGGGUACAAAUUGAUGAACCUGACAAAGUCAAUCAAAUUAUCAAAGCUUUUUUGAAGGAUGAACAAAAUAAGUGA